UAAAAGCAGCCACUCUCUCUCUGUUCCUAAAAAAAGAACAAAUCUCUCUCCUUCUCUCUCUCUGUCUCUCUGGUCACUCUUUCAUGGCUUCACUUCGAGGUUCUUCUUGGCAUUUUCUGGGCACAAACCCUAAAAAAUGCAGCUUCAUGAGUUCUUCAUCUCAAUCACAGACCAAACUCUCCACACGAAUCUUCAACCAGAGGUUCCUGUCGUGUUCGAUGUCGAUGAACGGCUCUGAAGCAGACCGAAAAACGCCGCUCGGCACGGCGGAGACAAGGACCUUCCCGGCGGUUCUUUCGCCGGAAUAUGCGGCGGAGAGGCUUAUAUCCGCCGUGUCGGAUCUCAAAUCCAAUCCUCCGCCGUUCUCCUCCGGCAUCGUCCGGUUACAGGUACCGAUCCACCAGCAAAUCGGGGCGAUCGAUUGGCUUCAUGCCCAGAACGACGUUCUCCCUCGAUGCUUCUUCUCUCGUCGCAGCGAAACUGGUCGUCCCGAUCUUCUCCUCGAGUUCGGGAACGAGAAUGGCGACGGACACAUAAACGGACAUGGAUCAUGUCAUCGCAAUCUGGUUAGCGUUGCCGGCAUAGGAUCCGCGGUAUUCUUCCGUGAACUAAGCCCCUUCUCUCAUGAUGAUUGGUCAUCGAUUCGAAGAUUUCUGUCUUCGAAGUCGCCAUUGAUCCGUGCGUAUGGUGGCAUGCGAUUUGAUCCUCACGGUAGGAUCGCUACGGAGUGGGAACCAUUUGGUUCAUUUUACUUUACGGUGCCUCAGGUUGAGUUAGAUGAGUUUAUGGGAAGUUCGAUGCUUGCUGCGACUGUUGCAUGGGACGAUCAACUCUCAUGGACUCUAAAUGAUGCCCUUGAAGCACUCUUGGAAGUUAUGCUUCAGGUUUCAUCUACUGUAAUGAGGUUACAGAGGGAAAGUCUUGGAGUAUCUGUUGUCAGCAAGAACCAUGUUCCUAGCAAAGGAGCCUAUCACCCUGCUGUAAGGAGAGCUUUGCAGAUGAUAAAGGAACGCAGCUCAUCCCUUGACAAGGUUGUGCUUGCACGCUGCAGCAGAAUCAUAACGGAUAUUGAUAUUGAUCCUAUCGCCUGGUUAGCACGGCUACAGCUUGAAGGGCAAGAUGCUUACCAGUUCUGUCUUCAACCACCUGGUGCACCAGCAUUUAUUGGAAACACACCUGAGAGACUCUUCCACAGAAAACAGCUCGGUGUCUGCAGUGAAGCUUUGGCUGCAACCCGUCCUAGAGCUGAUUCGAUUGCUCAUGAUAUGCAAAUAGAGAGAGACCUACUUACCAGUGCAAAAGAUGACCUCGAGUUUUCUAUUGUGCGAGAGAAUAUAAGAACAAAAUUUAAAGCCAUAUGUGAUGGGGUAGUUGUUAAACCCAAUAAAACCGUGAGGAAGCUAGCAAGAGUGCAGCACCUAUAUUCACAAAUAGGAGGCCAUCUAAGAUGCGAAGAGGAUGAGUUUAAUAUCUUGACUACUCUGCAUCCAACACCAGCAGUUUGUGGUUGCCCAGCAGAGGAAGCUCGGCUUUUGAUAAAGGAAAUCGAGCCAUUUGAUAGAGGAAUGUACGCUGGGCCUGUAGGAUUUUUUGGUGGUGGAGAGAGCGAAUUUGCCGUUGGCAUUAGGUCUGCGUUAGUCGAAAAGGGCCUUGGUGCAUUAAUCUACGCUGGAACAGGAAUAGUUGCAGGGAGUGAUCCAUCAUCUGAAUGGAACGAGCUUGAGCUCAAGAUAUCUCAGUUCACAAAGUCGUUAAAACAAGAGGUGGUAGCUCUGCAGCCAAUGAACUAAUGAAUGAGAAGACAGGAGCAAAUAGCACCGAGGGCGGAAACAUAAAGGAGUUUUUGUUGCUCGGGGAUUUCUCAUAUGGAUGUAGUCGGGUCAUGGAUGUAGUCGGGUCGAAGGUUGGGUCGAAGGUCGGGGAACCAUCUGGUUAAAAUAAAAAAUAAAAAAAAAGUCAUUAUAGUAGCAAACGUUGCUGUAAAACUUUAUGUUGAAAAUAUAAUGUAGAUUUUGUAUUCUUCCGUACAUAAAAGUGUCUUUCGAGUCCC